UUGCCUCCCUCCUCGUACUCGUCCUCGCCUACUGCAUGCAAAUCAGCGCAAAUGCCCACCUCCACGGCACCCGCUUCGGCGCUCCGCUCGUCGCAAUGUGUUGGAUGAACGUUCUCAACGGGAUAGAUUUACUGGUUCUCACGCGCGCGGACUACGAUAAACAGCUAGCGUACAACAACACAAAGCUGAAGCAAACAUCCGACAAAUCACCAAAUAAACCACAAAGCAAAUCCCUCCUCAAAAAAUACCUCUGGUCCCUAAACCUCUCCUUCAACUACCGCCGCAUCAACACCCCCUGGCAAAUCCGCGCUCUCACCACGUUCAACAAGAUCCCAACUCGGACCCAAUUCCUCCUCACCUCCCUCCUCAAACUCACCAUCUCCAUCGCAAUCAUCCAGCUCCUCACACUCGAGACCACCGAUCCGUAUCUCGGCCGCGCAGUGGAUAAAUUACCCGUUCGACCGGACGAGAUUAUGCUCCCGUUCUGGUAUCAUAGUGGCUGGGGCAAAGAUGACCUCGUGCUUAGAUUCCUCUUCACUCUCUCGUUUGGAAUCGUGGCGCGUGCGUUCAUUGUCGGGGGAUAUACCUCUGCCGCGGUGGUAGCUGUAGCAUUGGGCCAAGAGCCGAGUAUGUGGCCGCCUGUCGGGGGUGGAUUGCUGGAUGCAUGGUCGAUUAGGAGGUUCUGGGGAAAAACAUGGCACCAAACCCUCCGCCAACUCCUCUGCUCGAACGCCGACUUCGUCUCGGGAUCUAUUUUGCGUCUUCCGGUCCGAUUCCAGUGGUGCUUCAGGGUAAUUUUCGCAUUCAUUGUUUCGGGUUUAGUGCACACGGGCAUGGAUGUAGGGUUCGGGGUGCGGAUUGAUGAGAGCGGGGCAUUGUGGUUCUUCGCGUUACAAAUUCUGGGUGUGGCGGGGGAGAUGCUCGCUGAGGUGUUGUUGGCUCCUGUGAGUGUGUUUGUGUCGAGAGGACUUAGACGUGGGAUUGGCUUUAUUUGGGUAGCGGUUUUCAUGAUGUGGACUUUGCCGGUGUGGAUUUAUCCUAUUUUGGUCCAGUUGUAUGGAGAUGGCGUGCGCAUGAUGAGCCCAUUCUUGGGGUUUGAGGGAUGGGAUAUUUGAUUUGGUUUUGGAUUGCAUAGCGUUG